GCGUCGCCCCGCCCAGCGCGGCGUUGCAGUCAGAGCCCUGGCUUGUGGCAGGGACAGUUCCCCAGCCGCAGGCGCCAUGGAGGGUGCUGCGGCCGCAGCCCGGCUGGGCACCAUCCUACGGCACCUCCGCCCCCGGACGGGCGCUGCCGCCCUCACAACAUUUCCUGCUUCAGCACAAAUUGCUUCUGUUAAACACCCAAUGGAGUUUCAUUACACCCUGGACAAUAACCUUUUAACUCCAGAGCAGAGGCACUUUUAUGAUGAAAAUGGUUACCUGGUCAUUAAAAACCUGGUUUCUGGUGAAGACAUUGAGUGUUUCAGAAAUGAAUUUGCAAAGAUCUGUAAAAAGGAGGUACAAGUGCCCGGCUUAAUCAUAAUGAGGGAUGUGGCCAUUGCUAAAUCAGAGUUUGUUCCAGAUCAAAAAGCAGUUACUAAAAUACAGGAUUUUCAGGAAGAUGAAGAGCUCUUCAGAUAUUGUACCAUGCCUCAGAUCCUAAAAUACGUUGAGUGCUUCACAGGGCCAAACAUCAUGGCCAUGCACACGAUGUUGAUAAAUAAACCUCCAGAUUCUGGCAAGAAGAGCUCUCGCCAUCCCAUGCAUCAGGAUUUGCACUACUUUCCAUUCCGGCCUGCAGAUCUCAUUGUGUGUUCCUGGACUGCCAUGGAGCGGAUAGAUCGCAGCAAUGGCUGUCUGGUUGUUUUGCCAGGAACACACAAGGGGUCCCUGAAGCAACACGAUUACCCUGAUUGGGAGGGUGGUGUUAACAAGAUGUACCAUGGGGUGCGUGAUUACAACAAAAACCUUCCCAGGGUUCACCUUGUUAUGGAGAAGGGAGACACAGUAUUCUUCCAUCCCUUGUUGAUUCAUGGCUCUGGAAUGAACAGAACUCAAGGCUUCCGGAAGGCGAUAUCUUGUCACUAUGCUAGUGCAGAUUGCCACUAUAUUGAAGUCAAGGGCACGAGUCAAGAAAACAUUGAGAAAGAAGUUGUAGAAAUUGCACAAAGAAAAUAUGGUGUGAGCACGCCUAUGACUCUGAAGGAUACUUGGAUGAUACGAGGGCGGCUUGUAAAAGGAGACAGAACUAAUCUUUAGAAUAGUUUUUUGAUGGUAGAGUUAGAAAAAUGUGUGCCUGAGUAUUGUGUUCCCUGAUCAGAAACCACGAUCCUCACAAAUUUGCAUUUGCUUUUUUUGUUUGAAUUUAUUCAAAUAUUGUACCAAAUGUUCAUUUACAACAAAAUAUUGUAAUAUGAAUGCACUGAAGUUUAACAAAAUUUAGCUAAUAUACUUAGCAUAUUUUUAACCUAUUCACUACAGUAAAUACUUCUAUUUUUGUAAUUUUAAAAAUCAUUUGUUUUAAAAUCCACUGUUUGUUAAAUGGAUGAGAACUCCCAUCAGAUCAGCUCUUUAAAUACUCAUCACUGUGUUACUCAAGAACCAAUUUGAAUUCAGGUUCUAUCCUGAUGUAAUUUUGGGCUGCUGUUAAUGUAACUCUUAUGCUAACUCAUGGCUCUAGUGAGUGUAAACCUGGGUGGAAAAGACCAAUAGCAUCAUCUAGCCCUUUCCCCUUGUUGGAGCAUGACUGUGCAUUUUCUAGUCCUUUGUCUAGUUUAUUAAAUGUCUGAAGCGAUUGUGCUUUUACCAGUUCCUUUGGGAGGCUAUUGCGGAGUCUAAUGGAUCUCACUGCCAAGAAGUCUUUCCUAAUAUUUAGCCUACAUUUCCCUUCUUCAACUUUCUACCAUUACUCCCUAUCAUCCUAAAUAAUUCUUUCCUUGUUACUUAUGCGUCAAAUAAUAAGACUUAGUGUGUGCAUGGAAUUCACAGUAACUAUCAGCAUGUACUGUAUUGAAAUGAACACAAUUUGGAGGAAAAUGGCCCUUUCCCUAAAAGACAUGUAAUAUUCUGAUCGGAAGCAAAGCAAUUUUAACUGUGGUAUAGUCAUCGCUGGAACAGUGGUUAUCUCUGUGGACAGUGAAUUCAUUUGAAACUGAUUGUGUGGGGUUGAGUAACUUAUCUUUAACCUUACUUGCAUCCUUUCCCAUUUUUAAACAACUGAGAAGGGGUUUCCUCUUUUGAAGCUGGCAUUUGUAGGGGUAGGCUAGGUAGUUGACUCCAGUGCAGGAAAGUUAUACAAAAUGAAAGAAAAUAAAAAUUGGAAGAAUGGGGAUGCUCAUAAUUAUCACAAGGCAUAAUAUCUGUGGUGUAUUGAAAUGCAAUUGUUUUUAAAUCAUUUUGUUUCAAAAAUAAAAAUGUUUUUGAAAUACAGAUUAAACUAGAGCUAAAACCAAG